AUGCCCCAGGCAUUAAUGUUGCCCUCUUGUGGUGAGCCUGUUUCUAGCGAUGCCGACAAUAAAGGAAACAUCUUCUUCCCUAUAACACUACAGUGUUCGUCUUUCUGGUCAUCAUCUUCCUCUUCGACUCGACCAUCUUUUUCCUCACGUUUAAGAAGAGAAGACCAUUCCCAAUCGUGCGAUUACUUUCCUCCCUGUCGUCUGUAUCACUCUGCUUCGACCGCCGAAAUAAUUGAUACCACAAUUACAGAUACUACCAUUGCUUCAGUUACUGGUACAUCCAGGCAUACUUUGUCGUCUUUUUGUAUUUCUCGUACAGUGAGUUACCAAUUCUUGGAUUUAUCUACAGAAGAAAAAGCUUCGAGGAUUUUUUAUCUAACAACAACCAUCCUCAGGAUUUUUACAUAUGUCGACUCGCCUACAUUGGCCAUGAAUGAUGCUAUAAGUAUCAAACGGACCGACACUACAAAAAGGCCCAUAGCAGGAUGGGGCCCCUCCACCCGCGGUUGCCCCCUGGGCUCCACACAACACCAACCCAAAGAGCGUGCUUCUUUCCCCACAGGAAAUCGGACUCUUAAUAAUGGCAAAACCGCCCCACAUCGGACCCCCGCUCUGUCUCAAGUGGGGUUCCCCCUGGGGUCUAAAAAUUACCACUACCAGGUGUUCGUAGUGUGUACGUUUUUGCUACUACUCCUUGGACCCAGGUCUUUGGGGGCACCGUGCCCACCGGGAUGUACAUGCAAAGUGGUUAAUCCUAAAAACAGGGCUAAAAAUUCUGGGGGUAGCUCAAGGGAGGCCCCGUCCCAACCACCUUCACUGUUGCAGUCGGUCCCAACAGUGGGGUCAACUACAGACAGCAAUCGGACAGUGGUGGUCACACGGAAGGUAGACUGUUCUAGCAAUGAACAACCCUUCACUGACCUGUCCGAAAUGAUUAAGAGUGAUUUGCCGGAGAAUGUCGUCCAAUUUGCCAAUUUUAUAACUUCUCUCUCCUUUUUUCUUUCUCAUCUCUCUCUCCUUUUUUCUUUCUCAUCUCUCUCUCCUUUUUUCUUUCUCGUCUCUCUCUCCUUUUUUCUUUCUCGUCUCUCUCUCCUUUUUUCUUUCUCGUCUCUCUCCUUUUUCUUUUUUUUUUUUCUCGUCUCUCUCUCCUUUUUCUUUCUCCUUUUUUUUUUCUUUCUCUCUCUCCUUUUUUUCUUUCGUCUCUCUCUCCUUUUUUUCUUUCUCGUCUCUCUCUCUCCUUUUUCUUUCUCGUCUCUCUCUCUUUUUUUUUCUCUCUCUCUCUCUCUCUUUUUUUUCUUUCUCGUCUCUCCUUUUUUUCUUUCUCGUCUCUCUCUCCUUUUUUUCUUUCUCGUCUCUCUCUCUUUUUUUCUUCUCGUCUCUCUCUCUUUUUUCUUCUCUCUCUCCUUUUUUCUUUCUCGUCUCUCUCUCUCCUUUUUUCUUUCUCGUCUCUCUCUCUCCUUUUUUCUUUCUCGUCUCUCUCUCUCCUUUUUUCUUUCUCGUCUCUCUCUCUCCUUUUUUCUUUCUCGUCUCUCUCUCUCCUUUUUUCUUUCUCGUCUCUCUCUCCUUUUUUUCUUUCUCGUUCUCUCUCUCUCUUUUCUUUUUUCUUUCGUCUCUCUCUCCUUUUUUUUUUCUUCUCUCUCUCUCCCUUUUUCUUUCUCGUCUCUCUCUCCUUUUUCUUUCUCGUCUCUCUCUCUUUUUUUUCUUUCUCUCUCUCUCCUCUCCUUUUCUUUCGUCUCUCUCUUUUUUCUUUCUCGUCUCUCUCUCCUUUUUUUUCUUCUCUCUUUUUCUUUCUUCUCUCUCUCCUUUUUUUCUCGUCUCUCUCUCCUCUCUCUCUCUUUUUUUUCUUUUUUUUUCUUUCUCUCUCCUUUUUCUUUCUCUCCUCUCUCUCUCCUUUUUUUCUUUCUCGUCUCUCUCUCCUUUUUUUCUUUCUCGCCUCUCUCCUUUUUUUCUUUCUCUCUCUCUCUCUCCUUUUUCUUUCUUUUUUUUCUCUCUCUCUUUUUUUCUUUUCUCUCUCUCCUUUUUUUUCUUUCUCGUCUCUCUCUCUUUUUUUUUCUUUUCGUCUCUCUCUCCUUUUUUUUCUCGUCUCUCUCUCUCCUUUUUUCUUUCUCGUCUCUCUCUCCUUUUUUCUUUCUCGUCUCUCUUUUUUCUUUCCUUUUCUCCUUUUUUUUUUCGUCUCUCUCCUUUUUUCUUUCUCGUCUCUCUCUCCUUUUUUCUUUCUCGUCUCUCUCUCCUUUUUUCUUUCUCGUCUCUCUCUCUUUUUUCUUUUUCUUCUCCUUUUUUCUUUCUCUCUCUCUUUUUUUUCUUUCUCGUCUCUCUCUCUCCUUUUUUCUUUCUCGUCUCUCUCUCCUUUUUUCUUUCUCGUCUCUCUCUCCUUUUUUCUUUCUCGUCUCUCUCUCCUUUUUUCUUUCUCGUCUCUCUCUCCUUUUUUCUUUCUCGUCUCUCUCUCCUUUUUUCUUUCUCGUCUCUCUUUUUCUUUUUUCUCUCUUUUUUUUUCUUUCUCUCUCUCUCCUUUUUUUUCUUCUCGUCUCUCUCCUUUUUUUUUCUUUCUCGUCUCUCUCUCCUUUUUUCUUUUUUCUUUCUCGUCUCUCUCCUUUUUUUCUUUUUCUUUCUCGUCUCUCUCUCCUUUUUUCUUUCUCGUCUCUCUCUCCUUUUUUCUUUCUCGUCUCUCUCUCCUUUUUUUUCUUCUCCUUUUUUCUUUCUCUCUCUCUCCUUUUUUCUUUCUCGUCUCUCUCUCCUUUUUUCUUUCUCGUCUCUCUCUCCUUUUUUCUUUCUCGUCUCUCUCUCCUUUUUUCUUUCUCGUCUCUCUGCCCUCCUCUCUCGUCUCUCUGCCCUCUUCUCUCUCUCUCCCCCUCCUUUCUCUUUUUCUUAGAAUCAAAAAGAAACAAUUGA